CCCAAUUCCCAGAUCCAUUCGAUGACAGACUCAAUGAGAUGGAUAAUAGAAAGAAGGGUUUGAACAAAGCAAACGUGCCGCCAUUCCCAAUUACCUUCUUCUCAUCGUUCAAUCACUGAGAUUAAUUAGAGGAAGUUUUUUUUUUUUCGCAGUCACCGCCAAGGCUACAAGGCGCCACCACCGCAGUUUGCGAUUUGAGAAGAAUUUGAAGAGAAAGACUAAAAGAGAGCAACAUUCACUGUUUACGCCGUGCGGCACCGGUUCUUCACGCUGCUGUUGAGACUUGAGAACUUAGAAAGCCGACCAUCAUCUAUUAAACACCGAGCGGCAAGACAUCCAAGGUUCCAGCUCUAAUUUUUAUUGUGUCACCUGAAAUCUUGGUAAGCAGUUAUGGAGAAAAAUGCUUGAGAUUGCUUUUGUUGAGGAGGUAUAAGAAAGACUAAAAUGCUUUCUGGAUUGAAGUUCAUUCCUCGGGAUCAGCUUAAUACGAAAAAUGAGGUCUUGGAUUCUGAUAGAAAAGAGAAGAAGAAAUCUGGUGGUAGAAAAGAAAAACGCAAGAUAGGGAAGAAGAAAUACGAUACAUCUACAUCUGAUGAUGAAGAGGUCGAGAAAAUAAGUAAGGGUUCUAGGAAGAAUAAGAAGUGGUAUUCUUCAGAUGAGUAUUCGUCACCUUAUGAAAGUGAAAGUAACAGUGAUUUUGUCAGUGAUGAGAAGAAGCAUAGGAGAAGGAGAAAAGAGAAGAAAACUUGUCAUGAGAUUUCUGAAGAUGAAGAACAUAUCUCAAAUAAGAGGUCAAAAAGAAGUAGAAAACAUCGUUCUUCAGAAGAAUAUUCUGAUUCAGAUUCUAAAAGUGAAGACGAUGAUACUUUUUCUGGUAGAAAAAGCAAGAGCCACAAGGGAAGGGUGAAGCAUGAAAGUCAUACGACCAAAAGGAGACAGGGAGAAAAGGACAUGGAGAGAGAGGACUCAUCAGACAGCGAUAGAGGAUCUCCUUCGUUAGAUAACAAAGAGAUUGCAAGGAAAGAUGCUGGAUUAGAAUGGAUGCUUAAACCUGUAAUGAAAAUAGAUAGACAAUCUAGACAAACAGAGUCUAAGAUAGAGGAACCUCAAGUUGAAGAGGUAAAGAAACCAAAUCCAAAAGAAUUGAAUCCAUACCUGAAAGACAAUGGAAGUGGUUAUCCACAAGAUGCAGGUGAGAUAAAAGUUGGUGGGGACCAGAUUUUGCCAUCAUCAGUUGUUGGUGAUGGAGGUGCAAGUUGGCGAAUGAAAGCCUUGAAGCGGGCAAAAGAACAAGCAGCUCGUGAAGGACGAAAGUUUGAGGAGGUUGUUGAGGAGCGAUGGGAAUCCCUAGGUCAUCUUACUGUUUCUGUGGCAUCUUCUGCUGCUGCCCCUUCUCAUGCUCAUCUGCAUGCCAUAAGAGAUAGGAAAAGGGGGAUUACAGAGAAACAUGAGAUUGCUGAGGAUGAUCUAAAUAAGCGGGAUGCUGAAAAGGUACCUGGUGAUACGAAUCAGGAAAGGGUACCUGGUGAUACCCGAAAGUACUUGCGGGAUGUAUCUCUUCGGAAUCCUGAAAUGAAGGCGCCAAAGUUUCAUAAUGAUUUAUACUGGAGAAAGAAAAGGACUGAGAAUAUGUCUGCUGAGGGAGCUGAGCUCAUCUCUGCUGCAGCAUCAAACCUAAAUAAAUUUGCAAAUGAUGGAAACUUCAUGUGUGAAUUUACUCGUCAACAGAAUAAAGAUGCAGAUGGUUCUGUUAGUUCUUCUGAAGCUAAGAACUCUGGUGAGGAUGUUCCAGUUGUUAAGGAAGUUUUAAGUGCAAAUCAGUUGGCAGCUAAGGCAUUGCAGCUUCGUAUGAAAGGAAAACAUGAAGAAGCUGACAAACUUUUGCAAGAAGCAGAAAAAAUCAAGGUGAAGCAGGACAACAAGGAUAAAUUCGUCAGCCAGGGAACAGAGGGAAGUGUGAGCAGAUACAUUAUGAAGAAGGAUAUAUCUGCUCACAAAAAGAAAAAGGAAGAGAAUGCUGAUUUUCAUUUGGCUCAGCAUAUAAUGCAGAACAAACAAUAUAGUAUGUCUGGUCAGGCAGAUGACGAAUAUGAUUAUGAUGGAUGUCCAAGCAAAAAGCGAGAUAAGAGAAGGGCAGAUGUGCAUAAGCAUAAAUCAAGUGAGAAUGCUAAUAUUGCAAAGCRCAUCUUGACUCAGCAAGAACGCUGUCAAUUUUGUUUUGAGAACCCAACUAGACCAAAACAUCUUGUAAUUUCUAUAGCAAAUUUUACAUAUUUGAUGCUUCCACAGUGGCAGCCCAUUGUACAAGGCCAUUGCUGCAUUUUGCCUAUGCUGCAUGAAUCAGCUACAAGAAAUGUUGACAAUAAUGUGUGGGAAGAAAUUCGCAAUUUCAAGAAAUGCCUCAUUAUGAUGUUUGCAAAGCAAGAGAAGGACGUUGUGUUUCUUGAAACUGUUAUUGGGUUGGUGCAGCAGCGUCGACAUUGCUUGGUUGAGUGCAUUCCUUUGCCUCGAGAGAUUGCAAAGCAGGCUCCUCUAUAUUUUAAAAAGGCAAUUGAUGAAGCUGAGGAUGAGUGGAGUCAGCAUAAUGCAAAGAAGCUUAUUGACACAAGUGAGAAGGGAUUGCGUGGUUCAAUCCCCAAGGACUUCCCUUACUUCCAUGUUGAGUUUGGUCUAAAUAAGGGUUUUGUUCAUGUGAUAGAUGAUGAAAAACAGUUUAAAAGCAGUUUUGGCCUAAAUGUUAUCAGGGGAAUGCUACGGUUGCCGGAAGAAGACAUGCAUCGUCGCCGGAAACACGAGUCGUUGGAGGUGCAAAGGCAAGCAGUUGCAAGCUUUGCACGAAAUUGGGAGCCUUUUGAUUGGACUAAACAGCUGGACUGAGUAUCAAGUCAUUCAUUCAAUGGUGUAUAGCUUAACCAUGUUUUUGUUCUUUGGUGAUUAUUCUACCAUGAGGAAAAAAGCAUCAGAUGCAUUUGAAGGUGCAUACAAACUGCACUCUUUAGAAUAACCUCUUAUUGUGUCUCCUGAUUUCUAGAAAAAUGAUUACAACUACAUUGAUCAUCAGCCAUGUGGAUUGAUCUUCUGGGGUUGAAUGCUUUGGUUCUGCCUACAGACUAAUUGAUGCACAGCCUUUCUGGUAUCUUUGCUAUAAUCUUGAGGUCCAGAUGUGUUCAGUUGUACUUGUAGAGGAAGAACAUUGCUGCAAUAUGUAAGGUGAAUGUGGGGUAAAAGUGGGAAGAACAAUAUUUACUAGUUGAGAGAAAUUUUAACAUCAGUCAAUCUAUGCAUCUUCUUUGUGGAUCAUAUAGGGGAACUGGACCAAAGCAACCUUGUAGCAGUGUAUGCAUCAUAUUUGCUAUACAUGUCUUCUCUUUCAUUUCUGUUGUGAUAUAUAUACAAGCCUUGUACUAUAUUUGUGUCUAGGCUGGUAUGCCUUUCUAUGGUGGAGUUUUUCCCCCUUGCCCCUUGUUAGUCAUUCUUUAUUUUACCGACAAAGGUUAUGGUCUAAUAUUA